AUGUCUGUGUUUCCACCGCCCUCACUAGCACCUGAGGAUAGAAUCAACACAGGAGCCACCGUCGAGCCUCAAACCUCCGGUCAGCACCAACAAGACCGUAAAUACGAAACCGACAGCCAACCACCAAUACCAGCCACUCCUCCUCAAAUAUCACCGAGACUAUUUGGUUCACCUGAAUACUCACCACGCACAGGCGAAGGGCCCAUCCACCUCGCACCCGACGUAGACGAAGAAAGGGGGCAAGCAGGAGCCCACAGCCGCUUCCGCUUCUGGCCCACUACCGGGCGGUUCGCCCUCCCUGAUGCCCUGCGAACGGAGCCAGAAGAUCGCGGUGCACUGGAUAACAUGCGCCGCGGUGCGGUGACGAUCAUUAUCACACCCAUAGCGUUCAUAGGAAUAGCGCUGUAUUCGUGUGGGGUGAUUAUUGAGGGCGUGGCAUUGUUGUUGAAAGGGUUUGGUGCACUGGGCGGAAGGAUGCUUGCGCGUAGGCGCCAGCGAUCCCAGGCUGGCGAGCCGCUUUGGGUCUAA